UCACAAUUUCGUCUCAUCGUUAUCUCUUCCCUUCUCUUCCAAUACAAUCUCGUCCGUCCGCCGCCUGCAGUACUCUCUUUCUGCCUCGCUUCCAUUUGGAUUCUAUGGUGGUUCUAAUUUAAGAUAUUACCAAUCGGAGGGCUUCUCCUCCUGGCCCUGCAACGCUCUUUGGAUCUCCAAGGGUGUUCCGCCGUCGAUUGUCUCGAACUUGUCGAUUCCGGAGCCCCCCAUCGAUGCAAAGUUCGCACCUUUCCCCCGAAUUUUGAUCCAAAAUCCAACCUUUCCAACUCCCAAUAUCCGAUCUUUCUCAAAGUUGGAACCUUCCUCAUGGAGCUUUUCACCGAGGACCCGGCGGCGGAGGGCGAGGAGCCGGAAAGGGAGAGCCUCACCAGGGUGCCCCACCACUACAGGCGCCAUUUCCCCGGCGCGGUCCGGCAAAGGGCCUACCUUUUCGACGGCCACGGCAAAUUCUUCACCAAGGAAUGGGACCUCCUAGAGGGCAACGGCCGAGAAUUUUGCUGGUAUCACGUCGAGCUCCCCAAGGGAAACCAGAAGCUCGCCAUCUCCGCUCAGUACCUCAUCGACGUCCUCUGCCCGCCAUUGAAACUCCAAGACAUUCUCACACUCGUCAGCAAUGGCCCCUUCUGCGGCCAUGUGGAUGGAGCCCUCGUGUUCCGGGUGAACUCCCCAGGCCCGGCGGCGAGCAAUUUCACUCUCCGGCUCGCGGCCAGGGUCACCGAGAACUCGGUGAUCACCGUGAGCUUGGGACGAGUGCCGAGGCUGGGUUUUUCGCAGACUGAGCAGUCGCUGCUGUCAGAGAUACCGAGCGUGGAGAGCCCAAGCCCGCGUUUGGUGAGGGAUGAGGAGAUUGGUGGUUCAAGUGGCAUUGUGAUUCGCGAGCAUGUUCUUGAGUUUUUGCUGACAAUGAAUCAUUCGGAGGAGGCCGAUAAUCCCGUGCCAAAGACUGUUUCAAAUCUCCUUGUGCAUAUUGUUGACACCCAUAUUGAUCAGGUGCAGGAUAUAGUGACAAAGCUUGAGAUGGAGUUGGAUUCGAUGGAGCUGGAAUUGGACAAGGGAGGAUCUGCACUGAGGAAACAAUUGUUGGAUGAUAGAAGAUUUCCCAAAAUGCAUUUGAAUUUGCAGCGUCUCCUACAGGUUGUUGCUCAUGGUGAACAAGUAUUCCCACGUGUAAAAGAGAAGUGUGCAACUAAAAGUUGGUUUGCAAGUGAAGACAUAGUUGCCCUUGAAGAACUAAUAGGUCGUCUUAGGAGGCUAAAAGAGAAUUUGGGAUUCAUAGUUAACCGGGUGACAGCAAUCCAGGCUGGUCUUGAUAGCUGGCAGUCAGAGCAAAUAAACAGGAAGCUUUACUAUCUUUCUUUUCUGUCUAUGAUCUUUCUUCCAUUAUCUAUUGUUACUGGAGUAUUUGGGAUGAAUGUUGGGGGUGUACCAUGGACAGGGCAAAGAGACCCUGAUUUGAAAGAUGGGUUCCGUAAUGUUAUGAUUCUCUGUGGUGCAUUGCUGUUUCUACUUCUAGUUUGCUUCAUUUUUCCUUCCCUCUAUGCACGCGUAUCUUCUGGGAGAAGGCAUGCUGCACUGAGUUGGUCUAUUGGUAGGAAGUCAUUCUUGAGAAAAACCAUUCAUCAAAAUGGAUUUCAGGGAGGAGAUUACAUCCGCAUCUGAAAAUUACCUUGUUAGUUAACUUCAGUUGGAAUCAGUUGCUAUAGCAUAGAAUUUACAGAUGCAGGCUAGUUCUGGACAGGCAUGUAUCAUAUUUGCAGAAUUCAUGCUGCAUAUUGACUUUGUUAUCUUUCUGAAGAUGUUACUGUAAGCAUACUACUAUUAUUCUGUCUGGAUUGUAAGUCUCUCCAAGUCUCUUGCAGGGAAGCUUGCAUCUCUUGCUCAAGCAGUUUCUUGUAAAGGCCAUUGUCUUAGAGAUUUCGAUUUCCUUGUGGUACCCUUGAGUUAUCCAUUUUGUC